UACAGGCUCAGCCAGCGGCCCCGCGGCCAGAGGAUCCUGGAAGCGCUCUUCCCCAGGCUCCUCAUGAGCUUGACCUACAAACUUUCCCUGGCUGCAGUGAUCCUGGGGCGGGAGCAGCCUGGGGCUGAUCAACCCGUCCCUUUCGGGCUGGCAGUGGAGGGCAUUAAAGUUCUGCUGCACGCUGCUGGCUGUCAAGGCCACGUCCAGAACAUCCAGGAGGAGGGCGGCUGGGACAUGAUGCUGCAAGCAGACACCCUCGAGAGAGGAAUCAGUCUGCUGGCCAGAGAGCUGAGGAAGAGCCCAGCUGAGCAGCAAGCCUUCAUGUUCCAGCACAUGAAGUUGAUUCUUACUCACAGGAGGGAAUGGCAGACCAACUUUGCCUUGACUUUUUAUACUGAGCUGCUGGGCUGCCAGGGCCUUGGAAAGGACUGGAGUGACCUGCGCCUCCUCCACUCCUACCUGAGCCAUGGCACACAGACAGUCCGUCUGAGGGCACUCCAGGGCUUGGUGGCAGUCGCAGGAGAUCCACAGAUGGCAAGAGAAAUGCGGGGCAGCUCUCUGCUGGAGAGCAUCCUGGCGUGCCUAAAGGAUCCAUCCAGAGACAUCAGGAUGGAGGCCUUGCUCUUCUUCGGGACCAUGAUGGGCCAGCUGAAGAGGAAAGAGGCCAGCCCUGUCGCUCUGCUGCUGGUGGAGAAGCUCGCAGCCCUCUUUGGUGAUGAGUCCAGCCAGGUUCAAGAGCUCUCCCUCAUCCUCUUUGAAGACACCAUGAAGGCUGUGGUGAGCAGAGACAAGGCAGAGAUGAAGGAGGCAACACGCAGGGUCGUGCUCUCGCUCUUCCUGCACGUGAACGCUGAGAGCAGGAGUGUGGCUGAGGCCUCUGGCAAAGGCCUCCUCAUCUGUGCCAAGUUCCUGGGCUGGAGGAAGCUGAAGAGGGUUAUUAAGAAGCAGAAGACCUGGCUGAUUGGAGAGACUUUGCUGAAGCAGGACAGGAGAAGGGUGGAAGAUUACGUGUGCUUCAGCCUGCCCUACCUGCGGGACUCUCAGACCAGCGUGAGACUGGAGGCCAUCAGGUUCAUGGGGACUGCUGCGCAGCGCCUGGGGAGGAACGGAUCCAAACGGACGAUGGAGGUUGUGUGGGAUGCUCUCAAGCGCUGUGAUGAUGACCCUGCUGCCUCAGUCAGGUCCCUAGCAGGUCAGACCUUGAACAUCCUGCAGGCUGGGAGGGAGCUGGAGAGAUCAAGAUGGUCCUUCCCAGGCCUGUGGUUCUGGCGCUGA